AUGGCUACUGAUGAGAAGGUUAAAAGUCAAAGUUCAGCCAUCGAGAAUUUAGAAAUUCAGAUGAUCCAAUUAGCAACCCUCAUGUCUGAACAAAUAAAAGGUGCUCUACCAAGCAAUACCGAGAAAAAUCCAAAGGAACACCUCAAAGUCAUCUCUCUGCGGUUAGAUAAAACUCGUGAUGAUCCAUAUGCAGAUAGACAAGGAAAGUCACAAGAAAUGAAACAGGUAAAUGAAGGUGAGAAUAAAAGAGACUCUGAACUUCUAAAAGAACAAAAAGAUAAAGAAAGAAAGCAACUUUACAUUAACAUACCUUUCACAAAAGUUUUGACACAAAUGCCUUCUUAUGCUAAAUUUCUCAAAGAAAUUUUGUCAAAUAAAAGAAAAAUGGAAGAAGUUUCAGUGGUUAAGCUUACAGAGAAAUGUAGUGCUAUACUUCAAAAUAAGCUUCCACACAAACUUGGUGAUCCAGGAAGUUUUACAAUUCCUUGUACUGUGGGAGGUGUUCAGUUUGAAAAUGCAUUAUGUGAUUCGGGUGCUUCAAUAAAUCUAAUACCUUUUUCAAUUUUCAGGAAAUUAGAACUUGGUGAAAUGAAAGAUACUGGUGUGUCUAUUCAAUUAGCUGAUACCCAAAGGAAUAAUUGA